GGCACCCGCACCUCACAAUUGUCCUGGAAUUUAUACAAUCCGUAGUCCUUUUGAAAGUAUUUUUUACAUCAAGUGACACUGAACAACAUGGUGUCCCGAUUGUUCCUCUUCGUCGUCGCAACAGACGUAUAAUAGAUGAAGGGUUACAUGGGAACACAAGUGAUCCUAAUCCUCAGCCGGAUCGUCCUGUAAUUUAUACAAACGGGUAUCCUAUUGAAAGUAUUCUUAUGUCAAGUGACACUCAACACCAUGUUGUGCCGAUUGUUCCUUUUCGUCGUGGCAACAGACGUAUAAUUGACGAAGGCUUGUAUGGGAACACAAUUGAUCCCAAUCCUCAUCCAGAUUGUCCUGGAAUUUAUACAAUCCGUAGUCCUUUUGAAAGUAUUUUUUACAUCAAGUGACACUGAACAACAUGGUGUCCCGAUUGUUCCUUUUCGUCGUGGCAAGAGACAUAUAAUUGAUGAAGGGUUAUAUGGGAACACAAGUGAUCCCAAUCCUCAGCCAGAACCGCAGAGGCACAUACGGACUUCUUCUUCAUCGCUAGAGUUCUAGCAAUUUUGAUCCUUUGUCCCUUCAUAUUUCAACUAUAUGGAUUUUCAAGUGACACAAGAUGCAGAAACUAUAGGUUUUGAUUCAUUGGAUGUAGAGUUCCUCAGAAUGCCUAUUGUGAGUGCAGGGUGUACAUCCGAAUGGAUACAAGGAGUAAAUAUUUGCAUUUGGACGGAAAUAGCCUCCGAUGCUGUAACAUUGCGCAGACGUUGCCAUCUUCUGCAAUUCAUCGCAAACAUCUCUUCCUCCCAUGAAUCUGAGCUCGUCAUCGACUCUGGCCUCCCAUCGCAUAGGCAGCCAGCAAAGAAUCAGGAACAAGGCUACAAGAAGAAGAUGAAGAUCAGAAGAAUUAGAUGAAGAAAAAGAAGAAGAGGAGGAAGAAAAGAAAGAAGAGUACCUGGGAGAGAAAAGAGCAGAUGACGCCGAUGAAGUCGUUGAUGAUGGAGAUCGAAGUUGCGAUCGGCCAAAGGGAAAGUGGCAGGGGAGAAGUCUGGCGGUUGAUGGAGAGUCGAUCGAUUAUUUUUAGAAGAAGGGUAAUAAGGUUUGCAAUGGGUGUUUACCUACGAAGGAUCUCCUCCGACCAAGACGUGUGAACUGCCCAGGGAAUUCCUGGCAUGCUCUGUUGCAAAGGAGGCGUGGGCGGCGAUUUUCUGGAGCUGGACUGGGAAUGGAGCAUCCAAUUUUAUGAAGCAAGUGCGAAUGGAAUUCCAAGCUAGAAGAAGGGAGGAGCUCGAGAAACUGAUUUGGGGCUGUUGGGCUCUAUGGUGCGAACGAAAUCAACAGCUGUGGCAGAAAUCCUUCUCGAGUACAGGCCAAUUUAUGAUGAAAGCUCAAACCUUUGUCCUAGGUUGGUCUCAAGCUCAGCUUGCACGCAUGUAUGGGAAGAGGGAUAAUCAUCGGUCAGAUUCUUCCUGGAGAAGACCAGCGGGUGGGAGGCUUAAACCGAAUGUUGAUGCUACGGUGAAGGCUGAAAAAUGUGGGUUUGGGUGGUGUCUUCGUGAUGAAGAUGGUAGCUUUGUGGCGGGGGCGACGAAACCUUGGCUGGGGCGACUUUCCCCUCUGGAUGCAGAAUUAAUUGGUAUUAGGGAGGUUUUGAGCUGGUUACAGGAGACAGAUUGAAGAAGGGUUGAUGUGGAAUCAGAUGCAGCCCGCACUAUUUCGGAGAUUUUAAACGGUUCUAGUUGUUCCUCCUAUGGUUUGGUAGCUGAUGAUAAGAGUUAUAGCGAAAAGUUUUUUCUAGAAUUUCUUUCUCUCAUAUUAGGCGAUCAACGAAUAAGACAACUCAUACGAUUGUUA